CACACUGGGCAGGCUUUGCUUUUCUUCACAAAUAGGACACACUUCUCAAAGCCAGGCAUUCCCAGUCUGACCUCCAAACACCAAGGAACCCAACUUUGGGAAGAGAAAAAAAAAUUAGCUUCAUUAUUUUGGGCUGUUUAGGCCAGCCUCCUCCUUGACUCCAUCACUCGUUUUGGACUAUUUACCUUUUUUUUUUUUUUUUUUGAUCCGGAGGAGAGACAUCUGCAGACCAGGACCACUAACAAGAAGGUCCUCACGUCUGCUGCACCCAUGCUGUAGCUUUUGCUUCUCUUUUUUGCUUCCAGUCGCCAUUUGCAGACGGAGUUUCUGCAGGGGGUUUAGGCUCCCCCGCCCCACUCCCCGGCGCCACCCCCUUCCUCCCCGGCGCUUGCAGCGGCACCCCGCGGGCCCACAUUCGGAUGCGCUGAGCCGAGCCUGCACCGUACGGUCCACGCACGCGGUGUAUGGAAGUGGUGGGCUGCAAGGCAGAGGCGGCCAGUUGCAAGUUGCGUCCGGGACCGGGAGCCAUGCUUUUCCACGGGAUCUCCGGGGAUCACAUCCAAGGGAUCAUGGAGGAGAUGGAGAGACGGUCCAAGUCGGAGUCUCGCCUGGCCAAGAGCAUGCAGAUCAACGGGAGAGAGACGACCAUGCCCUCCAUGAGCCCGGAGAAGCCCGCACUGUGUGCCGGCUGUGGGGGCAAGAUCUCAGACAGAUACUACCUCCUGGCCGUGGACAAGCAGUGGCACCUGCGCUGUCUCAAAUGCUGUGAAUGUAAACUCGCGCUGGAAUCGGAGCUAACGUGUUUUGCAAAGGACGGGAGCAUCUACUGCAAGGAAGAUUACUACAGAAGGUUCUCGGUGCAGAGGUGCGCGCGCUGCCACUUGGGGAUUUCCGCCUCGGAGAUGGUGAUGCGCGCGAGAGACUCCGUGUACCACCUGAGCUGCUUCACGUGCACCACGUGCAACAAGACCCUCACCACCGGCGACCACUUCGGCAUGAAGGACAGCCUCGUCUACUGCCGCCUCCACUUCGAGAGCUUGGUGCAGGGAGCCGACUACCACCCCCAGCUCAACUUCGCCGAGCUGGCGGCCAAGGGCGGCGGCCUGGGCCUGCCCUACUUCAACGGCACCGGCACCGGCACGGCGCAGAAGGGCCGACCGCGGAAGAGGAAGAGCCCCGCCAUGGGCUUGGAUUUACCCAGCUACAACACGGGCUGCAACGAGAACGACACGGACCAUUUGGACCGGGACCAGCAGGCCUACCCGCCGACACAGAAGACCAAGCGCAUGCGGACCUCCUUCAAGCACCACCAGCUGCGGACAAUGAAAUCCUACUUUGCCAUCAACCACAACCCGGAUGCUAAGGACCUAAAGCAGCUGGCCCAGAAGACGGGCCUGACUAAGAGAGUUCUGCAGGUUUGGUUCCAAAACGCGAGAGCCAAAUUCAGAAGGAACGUUUUACGACAGGAGAACGGAGGUGUUGAUAAGGCUGACGGCACCUCGCUCCCUCCGCCCUCAUCCGACAGUGGGGCCCUGACCCCCCCCUCCAGCGCGGCCACACUAACAGACCUGACAAACCCCUCGAUUACCGUAGUGACGUCCGUCACCUCUAGUUUGGACAGCCACGACUCGGGGAGCCCCUCACAAACUACCUUGACAAACCUUUUCUAACAAGCGAGCAGACUGCUUUCAUUUUUGCCUUUUUUUCUUUUCUUUCUUCUUCAUUUUUCCCUGAUUGACACCUUUAAAACAAGCGCAGGCGGCACCGUGGAAGACAGCGUGCCGUAUUGUUUUCACGCAAACAGGAAGAACAACAAGAAGACCACAAUUUCAAAACAAAAUGUGUAGCAUUUGACAACAGUUUGCAGCGACUGACUUUGGAAAGGACUUAAAACAAACGUUGGAAGAACAAUAACUCAAAACCUGGAAAGUAGUAUCCUUUAUUUGUACAUUUGUAUUGAUUAUGAUCAAUUGAGCCCUUCUUGGUUAAUUGGUGACUUUUGCUCUCGGAAACCUGUACUUGUAUGCACUGUGUUGGCACUAAUUAGAUUUUCUUAAUGUCAUUGGGAAACAAACUUGUAGAAUGUUCUGUAUAGGAAUCGAUCCACUAAACAGGCUUUAAUUCUCUUUUUGAAUGUCCAAUCCCGCCAAGAUCCCAAUUGGAUUCAUCACACAACCGAACUUUUGUACUCGAUUGCCACGAUUUUUGGAACGAUCUUACAUUCUGGUACGGUAAUAACGUUCACAUUAUGACUGGAGAGCGGAUUAUGUCAUCCAGGGGUGUCCAAACUCUUUCCAGCCAGGGUCGCAUCACAAAGAUUCAAUGAUUUUGAUACAUUUUUUACAUUACAGAUGCUAACAUAUAUUGAGUGUAGGCUAAUAUAUAUUAGCUUUGUGUUAUAGCGCUCAACGUUUGUAUUGGAAAAUAAGAUAAAUGACCCCUAAUUAUUUGCUACAUCGACAUCCUAGCUUUGUUUUAGAGCAGUGGUUCUCAAACUUUUUUCACAAAAGUACCACCUCAGAAAACCAUAAUGACCAACAUUAAAACACAGGGGCGUAGGAGGCAUAAGUGUUCAUUAAAAACAAGCCAUAGGUUUUAUUUAACAAGUGUAUUUAAUAUUUUUGGCCACUGUAACAUUACACACAGUUUAAAGAGUAACACUGUGUCUGAAUAUACAGGAAAAGAAAACACUGUUUAAUUAUAAUUAAUUAAGUGAUUCUUUGGGCGUACCACUAGAUGGAACCUGUAUACUACUAGUGGUAUCCGUACCACCUUUGAGAAUCACUGUUUUAGAGGAUAUUUCCCAGCGUUUUUGGUCUUUUUUCAUCAGCAUUCCCUCGGGAUGCAAAGAUAUACUGUAUGCUACUUCGUCAUCUUAGCUUUAUGUUGUAGACAUAUGUUGUCAUCCUUGGCAUUUUCUAAUAUUUGCUAAAAAAGAAUGGGAAAUUAAUUAAUUGUCUCAUAAUGUUAGAAUACAAGCUACAUCGACAUACCUGUUAAUAUUUGCAUUGGAAAAUGAGGCCAGAACAUUUGGCAAAUGUUCUUGAAAAAUAAGUAUAAUAAUAAGAAGAAUAUCUUAAUAAUAGCUUUGUUUCAGAGGCAUAUCUGUGAACAUUUGUCUUUGUAAAUAAAGGCCAUUUUCCAGAAAAUAAAUAAAUUACCAGAAAAUGUGGCAAAUUUUCUUUGAAAAAAGGGGAAAAUUAGGGAAAUUGCAAAUCUCCUGGGACUAAAUAUCUGCUAUAUUAACAUUUUAGCUAUGUUUUUUAAGCAUAUCUGUCAACAUUUCUAUUUGUAAGAAAUAAAGGAAAUUUUCCAGAAAAAAAUAAACAAACUAACUGAACAUUUGCCAAAUUUUCCUCCCCAAAAAGAAAAAAAAAAACCCAGAGAAAUUGUAUAUAUAUGCUAUAUUGACAUUGUAGGUUGUGUUAUAGAUACAGUAUAUCUGUCAACAUUUGCAUUCGUAAAUAAGGCCAAUAUUCCAGAAAGUAAGCCAAAAUUACCAGGGGAGUGAGAAAGUUAGACUAUGGGAAAUUUACGGGAAACUAUUGAAACAAAAUAAGGAAACAUUUCCAGAAAUUAAGGGACAUUGUCCACCAUCAACCCCCCUGUGAUAUAAGAAUAUCUGCUACAUAGACAUCUUUGUUUUCUUUUCGAAGUAUAUCUGUUAACAUUUGCAUUUGUAAAAAAAGGAAAAUUUCCAGGAAAUAAGGGACAUAUUACCAGGAAAUUGUAAUACUAAUAAAUUAGAUUUAUAUAGUGCUUUUCUAGACACUCAAAGUGCUUCACAGAGAAGUGAGAAGCCAUCACUCCUUGACUGUGCAUUCACACAUGGUUGGUGGUAAGCUACAUUUGUAGCCACAGCUUUCCUGGGGUAGACUAAAGGAUGCAUAUGUUUAAAAUGGAAAAUAAAGAGUUUUGGGUGGUGAAAGUUAGACAUUGGGAAAUCUACGGGAAACUAUACAAACAAAAUAAGGGACAUCUUAUGGAAAAAUAAGGGACAUUUCACGAGAAAUAAGGGACAUUUCUACGAAAAAUAGGAGAAGUAUAACGGAAAAUAAGGUAGAUUUGACUGAAAAUAAAUAACAUUUUUACAGGAAAUAAGGGAAAUUGCCCAUAAUCAACCUCUUCUGUGACAUAAGAAUAUCUGCAAGAUUGACAUAUUUGCUUUUUAUAUCUGUUGACAUUUGUACGAGUAAAACAUGUACUUUUUGGUGGAAAAAAGGUAAAUUAUUUGAGGAAAAAAUUCCCACCAUCAGAUAAUUAUUACUGUGUGUUUGUGGAGGAGGGGAUAAUGAAACAUUUAUAAGAAACUAUUUAAACAAAAUAAAUAUUUGUCUUUUCCAUCAUCCGAGAGGUUUUGUUUGGAAUCAGAGCCGUGCCACUAGUGAUACGCGGGCACCAUUAGUGGUAUGCCAAAGAAUCACUAGAAUCACUCAUUAAAUUCAUAACACAGUGUUACUGUUCAAACUGUCUGUAAUGUUACAGUGGCCAAAAUAUUAAAUAUACUUGUUAAAUAAAACCUCUGACUUGUUUUUCAUGAAUACUUGGGCCUACCACGCGGCAGUAUUUUAAUGUUGGUCAGUAUGGUGGUACUUGGAGAGCACACAUUUUUCUGAGGUGGUACUUGGUGAAAAAAGUCUGAUCUAAAAAUAAGGGAAAUUGUUUGAAAAAGUGAAAUUGUAGUCUUUUCUACCAUCGGAAUUUUUUUUUUAGAGGGAUCAGACUGAAAAUAUGGGGAAUUUAUGGGAAAGUAAACAGAAUAAGUGACAUUUUCCGGGAAAUAAGGAAAAUGCAUUAUUUUCCACCAUAGGGGAGGAUUUUAUUUUGGGAAAUAGACGGUAAACUAAACAGGAAGGUGCUGGGAAAAGACAAAAUCCGGUGGUUUCCUCAGAGACGACGGCAGGUAUUAUUUAUUGUUAUUAUAAUCAUGAAUUUUUUUAUAUUUUUACAAGAUGUAAAAGAGAAAGGGGGCGCACUUUGGACACCCCUGAUGCAACCAACCGCCUCUUGAUGUUUUGUUGUCCUGCUCGAUGAAUCGCAGUAAACAAAGUAAACACAACGCCCCGUGAACAAGUGCAUUAUUGUUUUAUCGUGUUGCUCAGGGUGACGAUUUUUUUUUUUCAAGGUAAAAAAAAAAAGCGUUGAAAUGAAGUGAGAUACGUCGGUGGACUUGUAAAGACAAAUGUCCAUGUUUUCACUGUAAUUUUAUUUGAAUGACACUUAUUACCAGACCAGACCAAAAAAAAACAA